UACUGUUGCUGUCCCAUGUCCUGUUCAGAUGCUGCUGUUGUGGUCCUGUUACCUGUGUCCCCUACACAGUUCUCAUUAUUGGUAAACAUGGUGUACGGGUACUUCCAGCUGUGUACCUCCUGUGCAAGUCAGGUAGAUGUCUGCAUUUCCAUACAUGGUGGUGUUGACCAUGACCCUGCUAUAGGUCUGUAUACGCAUGCGCUGUCCGUCAGGAUCCUGCCGCUUACUUUUGAUACCCGGCAUCUAGUCAGGGUCGUUUGCAGUGUUGAGAAUACCACUAAUGGAUAUACGGAGGUGUAGUGAUUGUUGAGAGUUUCUCCCAUGAUACAGAACGACUUUAAACAACACCGGUGACACAAGUCAGUCCUGCGAUAACCUCUAUCUUCGGGACGAAAUCUUUCAGCUGAUUGCUGAGUACUUAAACCCAUCAUGAAUGGAUAUACGAGAUUUUCAUUGUCCUUAAUUAUGACCUGCUAAAGCAAGCAGCCAAAAAACAGGCCGGGUAAAAUGAGCAGGGACAGAAGAUCCUGUUGAGCCUGACUUAGUUUGUCUUUGUGAAGGGACACGAUAGGUGUAUCAUGUAGCAAAGUUCAAAGCACUCAAAGUCAACCUUGAAUACCACCGCUAUUUAUCGAUUAUAUCGAACUGAGAGUAGGGUGCACGGUAAAGACCGUGUCAGGCGGAGAGUUUGAGUGGGUCGAAAGGUAAUCCAGGUGUUCUGGGUUGAACUCGAGGACGGCAACCAAAAGGGCAAAAUGUCUAAUUUUGAUCGUCAGGAGGGAUACAGAAUAGAAGUGUACCUAUUGAUUCUUUUGACUGGGAGAGUUUUAAGCAAGAGGUGUCUGAAAAGUUGGCAAUAGCAACUGCUGACGACUGUUCUCUUCAAAUGUGGAAGAGUCAGACCUAUGAAGACCGUGCCAGACUCUUUCACGCAGGCUAAUUUUUCGUUUUACUUUGCUUCUGUGAACCAAUAACUAAAAUUAUUACCGCGGGCGACUGUGAAGACGACUUUGUCCGGAACUUCAAAUCGCUCUUAGAAUGUUUCAGUGAAUAUGAAAUGGUGUAGCUGGCAGACGACGUGCACGGUGAAAGACUGCACUCUGCCUCAUCUUCCCGUCCCUCACUACGACGAUGUUGUCAUAGCACAUCAACAAAAGACUCUCAGUUCUUGGACAGUUAUUGAUCUUCAACUUUUGCCACAGCUUUGCAAAGCAGGAAAAUUCCUUUUGUAAUGCAAGAUUGCUUGGUGCAUAUUGCAUGCACAACGGUCCAGUACGUGAUCACGGCAGUGGGCAAGUGACAAGGCUGACGUGUCCUAACGCCUCAAAACGCUGUGACAGCCUGCAAAUCACAGAUCACCUGCGUAGAUGUGAUAAGAUUGCACCCACACUCCUGUGCACAUGAAGGUUUGCGGAAAGGUCCGAUUCCUCUUUGACAACUCUUAGAGAGACAAGCAAGAUGAAUACUCUUCAGCUUGAAGAUGAGAAGCAGCAUGACGCCGAUGGAGGUUCGCUCCAAUACACAGUCAGUCCACGUAUGCUACUUGUCAGACGCCCCGAGUUCCCCAAAUUUGACCAGCUGAUCUCCAGAGCAAAUUUCAUGCACUGUAAUAAUGAGGGUACCUGCUACCACUUCCGGGACGAGGUGGAAGCGUGGAUGAGGAGACACGGUGACUACAUGACGCUGCCUGACGUCCUGGCUGCGCUAACAGCCGCUCAAGACAAAAUCUGCCACCCGGAUUUCCCCUCAGACAACACAUCAGGGUAUCGCAUGGGUCACAUCACCUUGAGGCUCGUAAAGCAAGCAGUCAGAGCUCUAAUAUACUGGGGCAUAGCCAGGCAAGAAUACUUUCACCUGCCUUACCUGGACUUUGCGCUUCAGAUGAUUGACGUGGGACCAACGUCCAGUCACGUGGAGUUCAUCUCCAGCCUCAACGACUCGGACGUUGAGUUCUACGAGUAUCUUAAGAGCCUGCGUGGAGAGGACCUGAGCAGAGUGAUUAGGGCCUUGAUGAAGCAGUAUAAGCCCGACCAAGGUAUGGUGUGGGACAGGUACCAGACUCACCUGGAACGCUUCAUGAGGAUAUUCAUCAUCAAUGCAUUCAGCGAAGAGCAGCGUGAAGAGAGUCGAAACGACUUCAUCGACGUGCACAUGUACUUCACCACCGCCUUCAACACCCGAGAGAAAAACAUCAGAAAACAGAUGAGAGAGUUCGCCCGAUGGAUAGAGUUAAAGUACGAUUGGAAUCUCUUCAAGGGAAUCAAAAAUGUGGAACGUCUACGGCGCCACCUUGCGAGUAUUAAAAAGGUAAUACUCGCCCCUGAGUACCCGCAAGAAAAAUAUGUCGAAGAGACUUCAAAGAGAAUGGUACACUGCCUCCUACAGACCGUAAGUGACGAAUCGCUGCUCUGUGAAAUGUAUAGCGAGAUAAUGGACUUCGCACUUCAGCUCUCUUUAAAGAAAAGAGGUUCCCAAGCAGCCAAAGAUGUCUUUGAGAUGAUUGGAAAUUUCUUUCUUCGUCUCAAGGAAGACAGCUUUAAGGACAACGAAGUUGCACGAGGGGCUUGUAGUCGAAGCUCACACAUCUGCUGGACAACAUCGGCGAUGAGACCUUCCUGGCCAUCUCCUUCGCCAGGCCUGUCGUUGAUCACGUGCUUUGCGCCGCCAUGGUCACGUCACGUGACCACGCUGUCUGUGGAUAAACAUGAUCAAGGCAUUGCUCAAGCAUCCGACUGAGAACUGCAUGAGCGCAGCCUGUGAUGCCAUAAAUAAAGACAAGAUCCUGAAGUGGAAGGACUACCCAGAACAGGUGAAGGAAAUCUUUGCCAUACUGAGCACACUGACCAUUCCAGACUGGGUGCAGAGUGAGGACAUGGAAACAAGUGUUCUGCUACUUGAAGGACUUUGCAGAUUGUUUACUAGACGGAG